UCACUACCUGUUGUUUCAUCCAAACAUUCACUCCAGUAGACUUUUACUCAUUUUGCCUGCUAAACAUUAACGCUGUGCUGCCAAUGAAAUAUAUUUUGUCGAAUAAGUCGUGACGAAUGUAUUUUGGUUUCUCCUAUGAGGAAAGUAAUGAGAACUCGGUCAAGUUCACCUCCAAUUCAUGUGCAUGUCAACGAUGCCACACCGGUCCAUGUACAUGUGAAGAGCCAGAGGAUGAGUCCUGCCAGGACGCCUCAGGGGACAACCCAUGUCGACAGAGGAAACCUCCGUACUACAGCCAAGGUCAAAACUCGAUGUCCCUGGAUACCACCAGGAAAGGUCUCCACACGGGACGCUUUAUACAUGUGGGAGGGGCCAAAGCACCGCCUUGAAAUCACACCACCGCUCCCUGACCCAGAACCUGAACAUUCCCAGUCUGCGUUGCGAUUAGCUGACCUCACAUCAGAAGAAGAAGAAGGGCUGCAAGGACGAAUCAGCCAAUAUGAGAGGAAGAUUGACUGCUUAAUGACUGAAGUCAGCUCUCUGAAAAAUGAGGUGGAACUGCGGAAGAAGGAGCAGCUGCUGGAGCGUCAAUCCGAGCAGCUGAGUGUCUCCCACCGGGUGAUUGUUGAGCAGGAGGAGGAGCUGGCUGAGGUGACUAAGGAGCUGAAAGAGACUGAGCGGGAGAACACAAGAUUACGCCAAUCCAUGGAGAAGAUGUUAGAGGAGACAGACUACAACAGACAAGACGGAGACAGUAUGCAACAAGACACAGAUGCUCUGCACAGGAAACUGACGGAGGCUGAGGUGGAUGGGACAGCAGUUGCCAAGCAAGUCUCAGACCUGCGAGAAUCUGUUUCCAAACUGUGUGUUGCUAAUGGCAGUAGGCUGUCUGGCUCGGAGUCUUCAGUCUUGGCUCGUCAGCAGGAGCUGUUGCUACAGAAACUGGAGACAUUUGAGGCCACAAACCGAACUCUGCGGCACCUUCUCAGAGAACAGCAUGGGUCCCAGCAGAUGGAGUCAAUCCAAGCAUCAGAGCAGAAAGACGCAUUACUCAAGAGGCUGGUCGACACAGAGGCAGAAAAUGCUCAUCUUGUGGUGAAACUUCAAGAGAAGGAAAGAGAGAUUAAUCAACUCUCCAAAGUUAUAGAUACUGAAAAGGCCAAUGCCAAGAGCACAGCUGAUUUGUCCAAGAGUCUGGAGUCAACAAGAGCUCAUUUACAAGGACAGCUCCGGAACAAAGAAGCUGAGAACAACCGGCUUACUGUGCAGAUAAAGAACCUGGAGCGAGCAGCCAACCAGCAGAAGGCAGAGAUGGAGCAUCUGACGGCGCAGCUGGUGAGGCUGAGGCAGCAGGCCAGUGCAGGCAGAGAGGCUAUGAAACGAGCCACACGAGCCCAGAAACAGCGAGCUGAGCGCAGCGAGGACACUGCAGGCCAGUUGAGCGUCCAGCUACUGGACAUGGAGAAGCAAGUUAUCGAUGCACUGUCGGCAGCUGAGACCUGGCAAAGUCGCCAUGCCCAAGAAGUGAAAGACAAGAGUAAACUGGAGAUUGAACUUUCACUGUUGAACAGCCGUAUAGCAGAGCUGACGGAGCAGCUGCAGAGUACAGGGAAUAAAGGCCGAGCGGAGAGAGAAGCCCUGCUGGAUCACCUGCAUGGACUGACCACAGAGAGCACUGCUGCCAAACUAGAGAACCAGUCUCUCAAGGCUACAGCGUCUGCAGUGGAGGAGAAGCUGGCCUUGUCUCAGUCAGAGCUCCAGCAGGUCAAAACUUCAAUCCAGCAAUAUGAAAGCCUGCUGGACAGCUAUAAGAUCCAGGUUGGAAAAACUCGGGCCGAAGCAUUAGAGUACCAUGCUCAACUGGCUCAGGCGGAGCAGGAAGCCCAGGCAGUGCGCGGGGAGCUGGAGCAGGAAGUAGAGGAGGUGCGCAGGGAGCUGCUGGGGCGGCUAGUGGAGCUGGAGUCUCUUCCCGAAGCCUUACGACGUUCCGAACUCCAGCUGCAGGAGGCUCAGGACCGGGAGAGCAGCCAGGAUAGACGCAGCAUGGAGCUUAGCACAACCCUGACUGAUCUCCGCAUGAAGGUGGAGACCCAGGGCAGCCAAGUAGAGCUUCUAAGGCAGAACAACAAGGUGCUGCUAGAGGAGAAAAGACAGCUUCAGCAGCAAGUGGAGAGUAUGGAAAGAAAACUGGAGGAGGCUAGCAGUCAGAACAGCGACCUGCUAGUGGUCAUUGCCAAACGGGAAGACACCAUCCACAGCAAUCAGCUUCGUCUGGAAGAAAAAACGAGAGAAUGUUCGCUGCUAAGCCGAAAGCUGGAGGAGGCUCUGGGUGAUGCUCGCCAACAGAUGUCAGAGACCAGAGGACUUGCUGCCACUAAAGAACGCUCCACCCAGUCCAAGAUACUGGACCUAGAGACUCAACUUAGCAGGACUACCUCAGAAAUAAACCAACUGCGACACAGCAAAGAGGAGGUGGAGCGGCGGUACCAUGGCCGACUGCAAGAUGUGAAGGAUCGCCUAGAGCAGUCAGACAGCACCAACCGAAGCCUGCAGAACUACGUCCAGUUCCUCAAAGCCUCCUAUGCCAAUGUGUUUGGAGACUUGGCCCUUGGCAGCUCACUGCGUGCCCCCUCACCCGUCUGACAGCCUGUCUGUCAGAGUUGUAUCAUGAGCACACAUUCCAAAACAGUAUAGUGGUGUUGUAAAGAUGGCAUGCUUGGUCAGUUGCCUUUUUUGAUUUUGAACCAGUUAGGUGAAGAGCAACAGUAUCUAUUGGUUGCUAGUGGGGCUUUUAGAAUGUAUGACUUGUCUCUGUAAAGAUUUAUUUGGAACUGAACAAUAUUUUAUUGGUAGACAUUAAAAUAUGUCAUUUGAUUUUUUUUUAACUAUUUAAAUCCUAAGAGAUCCUUUGUAAUAUUAAAGGCAGGGUUGGUAAUGUUGCUAGCAAGAUUUGAAAGUAGAAUCUCCUCAGGGUUCCGUCUAACCCCUCCCCCUGCGCUCGGGGCUCCCCCCACCCACACACACACACACACACAUACACAAAGAUGUGCACGAGCACCGCUGUGUUGCUGCUUCAGAGCAGUAGACUUGCAGUGACUCCGAGCUCAGGCAUUGUACACGGGAGGUGUAGAGUAUGCACAGCAGGGCAAGAAGACUUUUCCUUGGCUCUUUCCAAGCGGACUGCGAGGCAGUGACUGGUUGGCCUUUUCACAGGAUUAAAGCAGCUACAGAUCACGGAUCUUUUUCUCUUCUUUUUCAUAGUUAAUAAGUUAUUUAUUGCUGUCAGGGUGUAAACAAUAUUUCAAAUAAUAUAUAAAAUGUGUAUAUUGGAUAUAGUUACCAAUCCUGCUUUAAAAGACCUAAAUGUGGGAUUAAAAUGUUAAUGUUAAUUCACACUGCUAACACCCCUUUCCUAGCUUCGGUGGCCGUUAUGUUGAAUGUAAACGAGAAGCUGCUUGGUUGCUUCUCUAUCGUCAUCGUGUAAAAACCCGCCAAUAGCGCGCUAGGUGGAUAAGCCAGUUUGUGAUUGGUGCCGGCAGAUCAGGCUGGGUUUACCCAGUCUACCAAGCACCUGUAACCGGCAGCCCUUUAUCUAUAUAUACACAACUCUGUAGCUAAACCAUCCAUGACACAUUAUGUGCUUAAAGGCCUCAUGAAACGGAAGUCGGAGCGCUAUUUCUAUCCGCAUAUUUCCGGUAAAAACACGAAGCUAGGAGAGGGGCUUGUCUCGGCUAUUGAUUGCCAUUCAAAGUAGCCAAUAGUGCUGCGUGGGCGUUACACUCCAGCCUCCCUCCCCAGAGGCAGCAGCUAAACAUUGGACACAGGAAGCAGCCUGUUCUCAUGAUCCAUAUGUGCGAAAAGAUAUAAAAAGUUAAGCACUGUAAUUCAUAUGAUUUCCAUGUAUUUCUUUUUGAAUUUUUGUUUAAUGUUCUUAAGAACAAAUAAACUCACUCACCGCCGUGAAAAGGUGCAGCACUGAUGUUUCUCUGUCUGUGACAGUUAGACUUGUGUGUUGGUAUGAGAUGCUGAGGGGCAAAGCAACAGUUUGGAAUGAGAACAGGCUGCACAACCUGCACUCUGUUAUUGGCUGGGGGUUACACACUCACAUGGGGUGUAAAGGCUCUUUGUUGACACACACACUCUCCUAAAUAAGGAGAAAAGAGAAAAUGCCGACAGACACAGUGGUAACACCACCACACCCUACUAGUGGGUGAUAAGUAAUUAUGAUAUAGAUUUUUAAAGUGAUUACUUUUGUAUUUACUUUUAUAAUACUUUUGUACUUUUGUAUUAGUCUAUACAUAGAUUUUUGAGGAAAGCACUGCAUAUUAUACCUUUAAAUGAUCUAUGCUCUUUGAUUGUAUGGAGCUGAUAACAUUGGUGCUAUCGAUGUCCUUUGGCUGGCACAAGAUAAAACAGUGUGUCAAAACAAUAAUUUUGAGUUUGCUGUUUCACAUACUAGACUAGUGGAAUCAUCAUUGCUGGUUCAUAGAGUGUAUUUAAUAACAGAAUAAUUUAUAUCCACUAUGGGUAACUUAAAAGCAUCAAUAAAACAACAAACUGAGUCAAACUGACUAAAGAUUAA